GACGUUCGUUGUGCGAGGAUGCGCGACAGUGGUGAUCGUUUUCGACGCGAGCGGGCCACCCCGACGAGCCCGCGCCUCAUUUUGAGGCGAGUGAUGGUUUUGGCGGAAGGGCGACAAUUUAGGGAGGCCGCCGCUGUGCUACAAAAAUUAGGGCCUAAUACUAUAGCGGUAGUCGCGGGCGAGUUACCUUUGGAUUUACUGGUCGAAGGGCUGCCGCAUUCUGCGCAGCUUUUGGAGACGUUUUUUAAUAAACUAAUUGCUUCAGGACAAAGGCCGAACAUCAACGCAGAACAAGUAGUAUGGCAACUGGUCAAACUUCUGGCAUCCCACGACGAUCCAACACUUAAAACUAAAAUUUCAAAACUGGCGAAAGCUCUCUUGGCAUAUCAACCCAAUUUUCAGACACAAAUUGCGUCAAGAAAAAAGGCUCUAGAACAAGCUGUUCAAGGACUAGGUUGUCAUGGCCUAACCCCAGACGCCUCUGGCCUAACCCACCUUCACCAAGCUCUAAAAACCGAGCUACAACUCCACGUCGACGUCUACAAAAGCGCCCUCCAUCGACUGGACGAGCUCAACCUAAUAUCGACCGAUAACAAAAAACCCGUCGAUGCCUCACAUCAGCGCCUCCUGUCGCUCAAACUCAAGGAAGUUCAACAAAGGCUGAUCGAUAACAAGACCCUCUUAACGGUUUUGGAUAAACCCGCUUUGAAACAGUUGGAAGUGUUGGUUGGAACUCUCACCGAUAGAGUGCAGAAUGAUAAAGAAGCGUUGUUUUGCGUGUCGCAACUCAAAAGACUGCAACCUGUAGGUGACGAUGUUCCCGUAGCAACAGUAUUGAUGUCAUUUUCCAGAGGAUGCGGAGCUCUUCUGGAUUUAAUGCAAAUACCACAUAGUCCCUGUCACAGCGAUACAGGGUACCACUCAGAAACAGAGACUGAACAGGACGUUGGGAAGGACGUUGUUAGCAGAUACGAGGCGCUCUACCGACAGUGCAGGCCCAGGGCACUAGAAGCACUCAAUUCGUUGCCAGACCUGAUGCACGCCACGCAACUCAAAUCGAAAAUUUUAUUUUCUGUCGUAGUGCUGGCCUUUCGUACCUGCAAAACACUCCGCGACCACAGACUUCUUCAAACGUUUCGCACUUUACACCUCGACCAUCGCUCGUCCAAAUAUGUCUCUCUUCGCAAGGAAGUGAUGCGAUGUUUGGCCUCUUCGGCGGAUUCUUAUCCUCUUCAGGAAGCUGAGAAUCAGGUGGUGGGCUUAGUUUGCGACACGUUGAAGGAAUACAAGUGUUUGGAGGGGUGCCAGGAGUUAAGACGAUACGUUGCCGAGGCUACUAAAAUUGCUUGGGUCAUGGUGUGUCAGGUUCCUCCGUAUGAGUUGGAUACAGAUUUUCAGACGCCAGUUCGACUGCAACCAGAAAAACAUCAACGUCACCACACGUCAGACAGAAACGCAGAUAUUGUUAGAGCUUUUUUGUGGCCUGCCUUAAUGUUGGAAUCCAACUAUGUUUACAAGGCGAUUGUUGUGACAGAUGGGUCAUUGGUGAUUGAUAAGGAAGAAUAAGGAAGUUGUUGGAUAUGUAGUGUCCAAUAGGAUUGUAAAUUUUAUUGUAUUACUGUAGUACUUCAGUGUACGUAAAUUAAUUUAAUACAUUUUUAAACGAAUAUAAAUAUUAAAUUAAAUAAUUAAUAAACGAGGAAUGAAUGGUAGAACAGUUUUUUGCAG